AUGAAGCUUCUUAUUCUCGCCGCUCUUGUGAGCGUUUGCGCUGCUGACAAAAUAGUUGGAGGUGACGAAGCAGCGAAGGACCAAUUUCCUUUCAUCGUUCAUUUGGACUCAAAAACAGUUCAAGCAUUCUGUGACGGCUCCAUCAUCGAUGAAUAUUGGAUCAUAAGUGCUGCUCAUUGCUACCAAAGCGGGAACAGCAACAAGGCUGUUGCAGGUGACUUCUAUUUACAAGCGGAUGAUUCUAGUACAGACGGUUCACAGAACAGAUUAAUCGAAAAAUUUAUUAAACAUGGAGCUUAUAAUUCAAGAACGUUGGAAAACGACAUCAUGUUGAUUAGACUUGUGGAACCAUUUACAAUGGGAGCCUUCAUUUCGCCUAUAGCUUUACCCACAGAAACUCCACCAGCGGGAACCGAAACAGAUAUAUCUGGCUGGGGAAAUACACUAUCGAGCGGAACCAACUAUCCCGACGAGCUGAGAUUUGUGACUCUGCCAGUACUCUCAAGGAUUACGUGCAACAAACCCAGCUCAUACAAUGGUGAGGUUCUUGAGUCGAUGUUAUGCAUCGGAGACAUGUCUGGAGGCCAAGAUUCCUGCCAGGGCGAUUCCGGCGGACCAGUAACGUUGAUGAAUUCUAACGUUCUCGUUGGAAUCGUGUCUUGGGGAUACGGAUGCGCACAACCAAACUAUCCGGGUAUAUACACAGAUGUAUAUCACUAUGUCGAAAGUGGAUGGAUUACUACAACAAUGAACAACAAUUGA